AUGGAUAAUAAAUCAGAGAAUUUGAAUGCUACGAAGCUGAAGCAGCUUUUGAAAGAGGCAAAAUCAGAGGUAGCUAGAGGUGAUUACGAGGAGGCUAUUGAUAUCUGUAAACAAACUUUGAAAUUGGAUAAGCACAAUUACUUUGCCUAUGUAUUCUUAGGGAAGUCAUAUUCUUGUUUAGAUUCCGGUGAUAUUUCUAAGAACAUAGAAAAUGCAAUUUCUGCUUAUAGGGAAGCUAUUGAUUCUAUUCCUUCAAAUUUACUAGCAUGGAAAGGGUUAUUCAAGCUUUUUGAGGAGAGACAAACCAUGAUCUUCCCACAUAUAAUACCAUUGGAAAUGUAUUUUACUUUAUGUGAUCAAUAUUCUGAUCUAUUACAAGAACAACAACAAUCACUAGUCGAGUUAAUUCAUAAUAUACGUAUGCUUAGGAAGGCAGUUCCAGAUAUUGAAUAUAUGUUUUUGCAAACUAUGAGACCGGGUGUACCACUUGCUGAGAAGAUUGGUAGACAUUUGAUUAAACCACAAGAUUGUUUAAAAGAGUUAUUGUCACUGACUUUAACUACAGAACAAAGUGAAGUUUCAAAAAUUGUCAGUAGGGAGAGAUUAAAGUUGAGCGCAAAUGAUCCAGACUAUCAGAUUAAAAUCAAUCAGUUAGCAUGGGAAGUGUAUAAGAAUUCUAAAUGUGAUGAGUAUUUCAAUCAAUUGGUUAAUAUUACUGAUAAUGAUGAAGAAAGAAACGAACUUGAGAUAAAAUGGCUAGAUCAUAGAAUUACAGUUCUACACUCUAUGCCUGCUGAUACCAAACACACGUUAUAUGGGAUAAUUAAAACAAUGGUAGAAGAUUUGGUUUUAGUUGACACCUCUUCUGUUAGAGCAUGGAAGUUAUAUUUUGAAUGGCAAGAUUACCAAGAUUUGAAUUCCUUAGAUUCAAAAUUAGUGUUACGUUUCUUCAAAAAGUUUCCUAAUGAACCAUUGGCAGUCAUACUGUAUUCCUGGUUAUUUUCAUUUUUUUCGAAAUAUGACACAACCUCGUUCAAUAUAACCGAUAGUAAUGAUAAAAAGGUUAAUGAAUCCAGAUCAAACGAUAAAGAACUUGCAGACAAUGAUUUUAAUCGUGAAGAACUUACUAAUGAAGAAGAUAUUGAAGAACUGAAGGAAAUGCUUGAACAAGAUGAGGAUUCCCCAAUUUUACUUGAAUCAGAUAUAUUGACCUCUCUUAUCGAAUAUAUACCAAAGGCUCAAACUUCUGCUUUGGCUCACAGAAUUGUUUCACAAUAUUAUAUACUUUCCAGAGAGUACGAGGCUGCAUUACCAUACAUAAAAACAGGUACUUCAUUAGUUGCUAAUUCCAUCAAAUCUCUAGGUGCAACACUUCCAAAUUCAAAGUUAGCCUUUACUUUAAAUUUAGCCACAGUUUAUACAUAUUUUGAUUUUAAAAGAAACUACAAAACAGCAUUAGCUUUAUAUGAAAAGAUUUUGACAGUCGAACCACAUAAUGCAAGCGCAAAGUUAGGUAAAGGUUUAAUAUUCAUAGAAAUGGAGAAUUGGAAAGAAGCAAACAAUCUGUUGCUUGAUGUUAGAAAAGAAUUCUCAGAAAAUAUGGAGAUUGUAAGUGCUUUAGGAUGGACAUACACAAACUUACACCAAUAUGAUGAAGCUAUUGAUAUCUUGAACACUGCUUUAAAAAAUAUGAAAGGCACUGAUAUUUUAUCGAUUGAAUUACAUACAAUGACUCUUUGGAGACUAGCAAAAACCUAUCUAUCUAUACAGGAGGCAAAAGAGAUCGAGAACACUUCAAAAGACUUAUCUCUAGUCAAUUUGGCCUAUCAACUACUAAUUAAAUCUUUGAAGCUUCUGGAAACCUUUUCAUUAUCAUUUUCUACACUUGGGCAUAUUUAUACAGAAUAUUAUAAUGAUGAACAGAGAGCGUUUGGAUGCUACUAUAAAGCAUUCGAAUUAAAUUCCGGUGAUAUAAUUGCAGCAGAAUAUAUUAUAAGGAAAUAUACAAACGCAGAAAAUUGGUCUGCUGCUCAUGCCAUUGCAGAAGCUCUAGUACAAUCUGAUGGUGCUAAAAAGUAUCUCAAGUCCUUAUCUUGGCCUUACAGGGUAGUCGGUAUUUCCCAUCUGGAAAGGCAACAAGAAGCAGAAUCAAUUGAAUGGUUUCAAUCAGCUUUACGUAUUGAUAAAGAAGAUAUUGAAUCGUGGGUGGGAUUAGGACAAGCCUACGUAGGAUGUGGUAGGAUUGAGGCUUCUAUUAAGGUUUUUGAAAAGGCAAUUGAACUAGAUUCAAAUCAUUUGUAUGCUAAGCUCUUUUUAGCCGAGUCCCUAUCAAACAUAGGAGAGUACGAGGACAGUAUUCUUUUACUAAAGGAACUAACUUUGUCUUCACUUGAUCAAGAGGUUUUCCAUGCAACUUAUGCUUCAACUUUAACCAAUUACGCUACUGAUUUAUAUAACAGAGGUUUUUUAACAAAAUCGAUAAAAGUUUCAGUAGAGGCCAUUGAUUCAAUUUAUCACCUGUUUGUUGAUUUACAAACUCACCCACAAAUUGCUUGGAUUUCACUUUUUAGCUCUCUUCAGUUAUUUAUAUCUGUACAAUCUAAGAUCGAGGAGCUUCCUAUUGAGACGUUAGUUUCAAUAUUUGAAACUGUCAAAAAUUUGCAAAUAGAAGAGCUAGAUGCUAUUGACAAAAUUAACCUUGAAAGUAUCCUUUCAUCAACAGACGAUGACAAUAUCACAAUAGCCUGCAAAUUUUUAGUUCUAUCAUCAAAGUGUGCUUUUACAAGUGGCACAAACUCAGAAACUUCUGCAACUGUCAAAUCAUCUCUAUGGCAUAAUAUUGGUGUAUCUGAACUUGUAUCCUUACUAAUGUUAAGGUUACCUGAAAGUAGGGACGCUGCCAUAUUUUCUUUUAAGAAAGCAAUAGAAUAUCAAUCAAAUUCAACUAAAUCAUGGAUUGCUUUAGGUAUCAGUACCAUGGACAUAAAUUGGAGAGUAUCCCAACAUUGCUUUAUAAAAUCUAUUGCCUUAUCACCAAAAGAUACUGAGGUUUGGUUUAAUUUAUCCUUAUUGGCUUUGAAGGCUAAGGAUCUCGAUUUUGCCCGUCAAGUGCUCGCUAGAACGCAAAGUAUUGCACCACAGGAGUCAUCACCUUGGUUAGGUAUGGCAUUAUUACUAGAAAAAGAGGGAAACACGCAAGAAAGUAUUAAUAUGUUCUCUCAUGCAUAUAUUUUAGCAAAUGGUAGAUCGAAGGUUGCUCAAUUAUUAUAUGCUAAGAACACGCUGCAAAACCAAAUUGGGUAUUCAAAAACUGAAAAUAAUCUUGAUUCUUUAGAAGAACUAUCAACUGCAGCGUAUGCAUUAGAACAGUAUUUGAAAAAAUCACCAAACGAUGCGUAUGCAUUACAAAGUUCGCUUUUAGUUUUAGAAAGAUUGCACCAAUAUCUAUAUGCCGAUAAACUGGCCAGUAGAUUAUCUGAAAUAUUAGAAAAAAGAUUUGAAAAAACUCAAGAUGAAAAAGAACUGUAUAAUUUUGCCAUAAUUAAGUCACAGAUUUCUAGAAUUCAACUUGGAUUAGGCAAUUACGAAACUUCGAUAGACAAUGCUAAUUUAUCGCAAGGAAUUAUUCAAGAGUAUGACAGCAGUCUGGCACUCUCAUGUCAAAUAUCUAAUAAUAUUUGUUUAGGUUUAGCCUAUUAUUUCCUUGAUGAUUAUGAUAAGACUUUAGAACAUUUCCAGAUAUUAACAAAAUUGUCUGAGGAUUCUAAAUACUUGGUGAUACUAGUAUCUAAGGUAUUAUAUGACAUAGGAUCCGAGGAAUCCAAAAUGAUUGCUUUGGAUGAAUUGACGGAAUACAUAGCCAUCAAUGGUAAUGAAUUACUUGUCACCUUAACUAUCGCUGCUAUUUCCUUACUAGAAAAUCAUGUUGAUAUAUUGGAAACAAUAUUACAAGAUUUACAAAAUAUAUCAUUGUCAGAGAAAAUAAAGGAUACACAUUUAUCUCUUCAAUUUUUAAUAUUAAAUUUAGUCAAGAAGUUGGAACGAACUUCCUCAUCCAGCGAGUUACCAUUAUUUCAACAAACAGCAUUUUUCUUUCCAAAUAAUGAUCGUUCAUGGAAGAAUUUGUCUGAAAAGAUAUCUUUGAGAGUAGCUUCCGAAGGACAAAAUAAGUUAACUGCAGAACAAUUAAGUGAGAAGUACUCUGAAAUGUCAAAUUUAAGGAAUAUUCAAAGAUCUUUGUUCUUGACUCCUUGGAGUGCGAAGUCUCUGAAAUCAUUAAAUGAAUGUUUUUAA